GCUGCUGAGACAGCGGCAAAGCGCCUGCCAGUUUGCUGGGACGACGUGACGCAGUUGCUCGCAGAGGUGAGGAAAUACAACAUGACAGCGCUCUUCAAUACCAGGCCAGGUUUCGCGGGGCUCCUGGAGUUGAACGCGACGACGAAUACCCUUCUUAACACACGGGCUUCCCUGUCUUUCUACGUCCUCCACGGUCUGGGCACGCAAUGCUUCAACAUGAGGAACGGGCCUGUGACAGAGGCCAAGCAAUACUUACAGCCGCUGCAGACCAAACUCCUGGAAGCGGAGCUCGAGCGUCACAACCCUGAGAACGCAGUCAAGCCGACCAUCAUGAUGUCGAUCGCCCAGCACCUUCAUACGUUCGAUUGGAUCAAGGCGUUCGAUUUCUGGUUCUGGGAGAUGGUGGGCUUCACGAACUGGGCGACCCACCAAGAUCCCCAGGGGCACGCCAAUCGCACGGACUCCCUGACAGCCGCGCUCAACAUCCUGAUGCCCAACGCCAUCAAGGAGCACGUUAGUAGCCAGGGUUACCUGACGGCUGACAGCAUAAACAAGGUAUCAUGGGAGGUCUGCAACUCGGCGGUCCUGAUGCCCGCCGAGAGGCAGAG